GCGAGCGAGCAGGGCUCAAGGCAGGAGCGGCGGCCGGCGACGCACCCAAGGCCCGGGCACUGCUGCGCCCGGCUCAGGGCCCGCGCCCCGCCUGCUGCAGACUGACCCGAGCGCCUGGCCACGGCCGGAUCCCCAACCAGCUCCAAGCCCACCCCAGACCAGCCUAGCUGAGCCCUUGCGCCCGCCCACCUCAGCCGCCGCUUCAUCCCCAGCUCGGGCCCCGCAUCCAGGCCUCCAGGAUGGACGUGUUCAUGAAGGGCCUGUCCAUGGCCAAGGAGGGUGUCGUGGCCGCUGCUGAGAAAACCAAGCAGGGGGUCACCGAGGCCGCGGAGAAGACCAAGGAGGGCGUCCUCUACGUCGGAAGCAAGACCCGAGAAGGGGUGGUACAAGGAGUGGCCUCAGUGGCUGAGAAAACCAAGGAACAGGCAUCACAUCUGGGAGGAGCUGUGUUCUCUGGGGCUGGGAACAUCGCGGCAGCCACAGGCCUGGUAAAGAAGGAGGAAUUCCCCACUGACCUGAAGCCCGAGGAAGUGGCCCAGGAAGCUGCUGAGGAGCCACUGAUAGAGCCCCUGAUGGAGCCAGAGGGAGAGAGUUACGAGGAACCACCCCAGGAGGAGUAUCAGGAGUAUGAGCCGGAGGCGUAAGGGCCCACGAUGGACCCCCACCAGCAGCACAAUCCCUUCCCUGUCCCUGCCCCACCCCCCCAAAGCCAGGGCUGUCCUUCUACCCCUUCCCCACAAACAAGAGAUCUUCCUUCACUCCGAGGCGCCCCCUCGGAGCCUGUGUUAGUGUCUGUCUAUCUGUCUGUCCCACCUGCCCGCGUCCAACCCUGGGGCCUGGACAGGGCUGGGGCUGCAGCCACGACUGGGAGCCUCUCCCCAACUACGUUGCCACCUCCCCGCCCCAUCCCUUCCACCGUGUGCGCGGAUGUAGCAUGUUCUAUAUGUUUUUAAACGAAAAUCUGAAAACGACGGCUCCCUCCCGCUCACCCCCGACAGAGGUUCUCUAAGGGGCCACCUGGUAGACCCAGAGUCUCCCACCCCACUCCCACGCCGACCCCAAGAACCUUUUUUUAAACUAGAACCAGGAGCCAGGCUGUGCCAUGUCCCCUCCCCCAGCCGGCCCGGUCCAAGAGCGGACGUCGUGUGUCGUGAUUGUGGCAUGGAAAGUCCCCUAACCUCCG